AUGCAGAGCAACUCCCUGUCGAUGGGCAACCCGUUCAAAGCGCUGUGGGGCGCGUACGAGCGGCAGCUGCAGCGGCGGCCGGUGCUGACGCAGAUGACCACCAGCGCCGCGCUGUGGGGCUUUGGCGACCUGUGUGCCCAACGCUUCGAAGCCUACGAGCGCGCCCACCUCCACCACCCCGCCGCCGCGCCAGCCGCCGCCAAGGCGGCACCGCCGCCCGCGGCGGCCGCCGCCGCCGCCGCCGCCGCCGCGGAGGGCACCGACUGGCGCCGCGCGCUGCUGACCGCGAUCUACGGCGCGACGUUCGUCGGGCCCGUCGGCCAUUACUGGUACUUCGGCCUCGACGCCGCCUGCGCCAGGAUCUUCGCGCCGGGCAGCCCCCAGUUCAUAGCGCUCAAGGUGCUGGUCGACACCGCCGUCAUGGGACCGUUUUACGUGUCCAGUUUCUUCGCGUAUGGGUGCGCGUUCAUCGACGGCGGCGGCAUGGAGGAGUUCCGGCGGAAGAUGAAGACCGACUUUGUGUCGACCCUCGCGUUGGAGGUUUCGGUGUGGCCGUUUGUGCAGUCGGUCAACUUCUGGAAGGUGCCGGUCAAACACCAGCUGCUGGUGGUCAACAGCAUGACGGUGGUGGACGCGGCGUUCAUGAGCUGGGCCAGGAACCAGGAGGACUGGCUGCAGCAGCUCUUGGACCGCAUGGCAGUCUCACAGGCGGCAGCGGGGCCACAGGCCAAACCCAAAAAGCCCUGA